AUGACAUCGCCCUCCAGCCCUUCUGCUUUCAGGCUUGAAACAUCAGAUGGAGGCCAGGAAGAUGGCACCAAGGAAGACAAAGGAAAUCUGGGCCAUGGGGAUGGGCCACCUCCAAUGGAGUCACCAUUCCAGGGCGAGGACCGGAACUUCUCCCCUCAGAUCAAAGUGAACCUUAAUUUCCGAAAGGGAAUAGGUGCCAGCCAGCCAGACCCAGACCGCUUUGAUCGCGACCGGCUCUUCAGUGUGGUCUCCCGAGGAGUCCCGGAGGAGCUGACCGGGUUGCCAGAGUACCUGCGCCGGACUAGCAAGUACCUCACAGACUCAGAAUACACAGAGGGCUCCACAGGGAAGACAUGUCUCAUGAAGGCUGUGCUAAACCUUCGGGAGGGCACCAAUACCUGCAUCCUGCCUCUGCUGCAGAUUGACCGGGACUCUGGCAAUCCAUGGCCCCUGGUCAACGCCCAGUGCACAGAUGAGUACUACCGAGGUCAUAGUGCCCUGCACAUUGCCAUUGAGAAGAGGAGCCUGCUGUGCGUGAAGCUCCUUGUGGAGAAUGGGGCAGAUGUGCAUGCCCGGGCCUGUGGCCACUUCUUCCAGAAGAGGAGCCAAGGGGCUUGUUUCUAUUUUGGUGAGCUGCCCCUUUCUCUGGCUGCGUGCACCAAACAAUGGGAUGUAGUGACCUACCUCCUGGAGAACCCUCACCAGCCGGCCAGCCUGCAGGCUGCUGACUCCCUGGGCAACACAGUGCUGCAUGCCCUGGUGAUGAUUGCUGACAAUUCAGAUGAGAACAGUGCACUGGUGAUCCGCAUGUAUGACGCGCUCCUGCAAGCUGGUGCCCGCCUCUGCCCCUCCGUACAACUUGAGGACAUCACCAACCUGCAGGGCCUCACACCCCUGAAGUUGGCUGCCAAGGAGGGCAAAAUUGAGAUUUUCAGACACAUUCUGCAGCGAGAGUUCUCAGGGCAGUGCCAGCCCCUUUCUCGAAAGUUCACUGAGUGGUGCUACGGGCCUGUUCGGGUGUCCCUGUACGACCUGGCUUCUGUGGACAGCUGGGAGGAGAACUCAGUACUGGAGAUCAUCGCCUUUCACUGCAGAAGCCCGCACCGACACCGAAUGGUGGUUUUGGAGCCGCUGAACAAACUGCUACAGGCAAAAUGGGAGCUCCUCACCUUCAAGUUCUACUUCAACUUCCUAUGUUACCUGGUCUACAUGAUCAUCUUCACCGCUGUUGCCUACCACCAACCUACCCUGGAGAAGGCCUUCCUCCCCCUGAAAGCGACAGGUGGAAACUCCAUGCUGCUGCUGGGCCACAUCCUGAUUCUGCUUGGGGGGCUGUACCUCCUCUUAGGUCAGCUGUGGUACUUUUGGCGGCGCCGUCUGUUCAUCUGGAUCUCGUUUAUGGACAGCUACUUCGAGAUCCUCUUCCUACUCCAGGCCCUGCUCACAGUGCUGUCCCAGGUGCUGUGUCUACUGGCCAUAGAGUGGUAUCUGCCCCUUCUUGUGUCCUCUCUGGUGCUGGGCUGGCUGGACCUACUCUACUAUACACGUGGCUUCCAGCACACAGGCAUCUACAGCGUCAUGAUCCAGAAGGUCAUCCUGAGGGACCUGCUCCGCUUUCUUCUGGUCUACUUUGUCUUCCUUUUUGGCUUCGCUGUAGCCCUGGUGAGCCUGAGCAGGGAGACCCAGGGCUCCGAGGCCCCCACAGGCCUCAAUGCUACAGAUGCAGUGCAUCACAAGGUAGGACAGGACACAGAGGAUAAUGUGACCCCAUAUAGGGGCAUCCUGGACGCCUCCUUGGAACUCUUCAAAUUCACCAUCGGCAUGGGCGAGCUGUCCUUCCAGGAGCAGCUGCGUUUCCGUGGGGUGGUGCUGCUGCUGCUGCUGGCCUAUGUGCUGCUCACCUAUGUCCUACUGCUCAACAUGCUCAUUGCUCUCAUGAGUGAGACUGUCAACAGCGUUGCCACCGACAGCUGGAGUAUCUGGAAGCUUCAGAAAGCCAUCUCUGUCCUAGAGAUGGAGAAUGGCUACUGGUGGUGCCGGCAGAAGAAGAAGCGGGCAGGGGUGAUGCUGACGGUGGGCACCAAGCCGGAUGGUAGCCCUGAUGAGCGCUGGUGCUUCAGGGUGGAGGAAGUGAACUGGGCUGCCUGGGAGCAGAUGCUGCCCACAUUGUAUGAAGAGCCAGCAGGAGCCCAAGUCCCCGGCACCACAAAGAACCCCACUGUGGCCCCCCCAAGUGACGAGGACUGUGCCUCAGAGGAAGACCAUCUGCCCCUCCAGCAACUGGGGCCCCACUGA